GGACGGUUUGUCCGUUCGGUUCGAUCGUUUGAUGGUGGAUAAUCCUUUUUAUGCUGUGCGAUCAGUGAACUGCUUUAAAUAUGAAUGUGAUACGAUUUAAACUUCCGGAAAAUUUCCAUCCCAAAACGAAAGUGUACCGACGAAAGAAGAUAUCUCGCUGUGUUUGGAUUUCGCCGGAUACCCUAUUCACGCUUUGCGAAGUGGUUCUUCGAAAACUACUGCUGCAUGUUGUACCGCGGCAGAAGUUUUGGCCUUUCGUUAUUUCUCUUUUACCGAAUGAAACCGCUCGCAGCAGCGUCUGGCAUCAGGUCGAGUGUCCCUGGGAUUUCAACCGGCCUCAGCACGCCACUGUUAACUACUCCAACCAUUGGAGCCUGCUGUCAACAGCGGCGCAGCACCAACACAAGACACUGUCGAAUAUCCGUGUCGGUUCGUUGGUGCGGAACAAAAUAACCCAGCAGCUGCUGCUAGAUCUGGACUAUUGCAGCAGCAGUGGCAGCGAGUAUCAGCAACCCCAGGGAUCCCAGUAUGAGCUUACCAAUCGGGAGCUGUACAGGAUGGGAUUUUCCAGCCCCGAGAAUUCAGCGUGCGAUUGUGGCAAAAACUGUGGUCAGUGCAAACGUAAUCUAGCCCGGACUCGGGAGGAAACGAAGCCAGUGAUUCAACAGUUGGUGAUUCUGGGCCACAGCAAGAUGCAGCCAGCAAGGCGAGGCACCUGGCAAAUGCAAAUUAAUGGCGACAGGUUCGGAGCCGGCUGGAGCCAAGUGAAAAUGUAAUGCAUCACGGAACGGAGUGGAGUGCCAACUUACCUGCACUACUAUUAUCACAGAAUCAUUUUGUAACGGACCGAAGAUGUCCUCGUUCAGGAUCGUCUGCAGCUCGUUGUAGCGGUGUAUCAUGCGAAGAAUCUCGCUGAUGUUUGCCGAUCGUUGGGCGCCCUCAGACACUCCCGCGCUCGUUCCAUUUUGACCUAAAUUGAUGUUGUUUUCAUUGGAAGAAAGAGAAAAAGAGAUAGUGAAUCAGGAUUAGUAAGGAAGUAAAAUAAUUGCACUGGUAGUUAUUGCACAAAUUACGGCUGGAUUAUUUCCUCGUUGCUAACAGAAACACAGUCCAUAUAAUAAAUUGUAGAGGAAUUGAAAGUUAUGC